AUGGCAAUAGCAGCUGCUUUGAGACGCGGAGGAAUGAGAUUUGUCUCCCCUCUCAUCUCCCCUGAACCAUUCACCGCUGUCCGAUCCUCUCUUAUCACCGAGGAGCAUGUCACUCCUGGAGUGCGUUCCAUUUCAACUCAAUCGUUUAAUGCGCUUCUUGGAGAUACUCCUAACGUUGAUGUAAAGAAGAAUGUGAUUGUCACUGUGUCUUCGGAUAAAGGUCUGUGUGGUGGAAUUAACUCUACAACAGUCAAGGUCAGCAAGGCCAUUAGCAAGCUCCAGUCAGUGGUCUCAUUUCUUGCGACCAUGGCAACUGUAUUAUCUCUUGAGGUUACGAAGAGAGAGACUGAAUGUGGUGGGAAGCUUGAUGAUCCUGAUUCCUAUGAGAUUGAAGGUGGUGAAACAAAGGGUGAAAUACUUCAGAAUCUUACUGGUGAGCAAGAUGCAAGAAUGUCUGCUGUGGAUAGCUCAAGCAGAAAUGCUAGAGAUAUGCUUGAUCGCUUGACACUGACUUAUAACAGAACUCGUCAAGCAUCUAUCACUAUGGAGUUGACUGAGAUUACAUCUGGAGCUGCAACAUUGGAGGGUUGA